CCUAAAGUGAAAACAAGUACAACUUGAAGACCUGUCCUUUACCAAUGCUUCGUCAAGUAAAGCCUAAAAAUGCACGCACUAAGCGUGUAAUGGAUAAACGCGAGCCGAAAGUCGUAGAAGGAGCGAAAAUUGCUCUUUUCUUAAGAGGAAACGCGACUUCGCAGCUUGUUGUUGAUGCUUUACAUGACUUGUACGCUUUAAAAAAGCCUUUUGCUGUUAAUUUUCAAAAGAAAAAUCCCAUUCUUCCUUUUGAGGAUAGCUCUUCACUAGAGUUCUUUUCUGAGAAAAACGAUGCCGGUUUGGCUGUUUGUGCUACUCAUAACAAAAAGAGACCCCAUAAUUUGGCUUGGAUUCGCUUUUUUGAUUAUCAUGUGCUGGAUAUGAUUGAACUGGGCAUAGUAGACUAUAAACCAAUUUCUUCUUUUCAUACUGUGCCUAUUGUGCCCGGUACAAAGCCGAUGAUGCUUUUCCAAGGGCCUUCUUUUGAUUCUCAUCCCGUUUUUCGUCAUGUUAAGUCUUUAUUUUUGGACUUUUUCCGAGGCGAACCCAUCCAAAAGUUGGAUUCUGCAGGUUUGUCUUAUGUAAUUGUUGUUUCUGCCGGUGAAGCCAGCGACGACGAGACGCAAGCUUUACCGAAAGUGAAUUUCCGGGUGUAUUCCACAAAAUUGUUAAAGUCAAACACGAAUCUUCCUCGUGUUGAAUUGGAGGAAAUGGGACCUCGACUCGACUUUAGUAUUCGCCGUGUUCAAGCUGCUCAAGCAGAUGUCUUAGGUGAAGCGUUGAAGAAACCCAAGACCCAAGAACCAAAGACUAAAAAGAAUGUGGAUGUUGACUUGGUCGGCAACAAGGUUGGCCGCGUUCACGUGGAUCAGCAAGAUCUUAGCAACUUGCAAACUCGCAAGAUGAAGGGUUUGAAGCGUUCUGCUGCCGAAGAAGAAGAGGAGGAAGAAGAAUCGGAAGUCGAAGACGAAGAUGUUGUUUCCGACGUUGAGUAAGCAAAAAAGCCAAUGUUUGCUUCAGCCUUGGAAAAUCCAUACGGAUACAAUAUUUUGUUUUUGGAAAGGCAUUUUGGAAAUUCAUGGUUUUCUUUUUGAAUUUGGUUCCUGGUUUAUAUAAAGGUAAUUUAACGGUCAGUUUCUUUGAUUUUGGGAAGCAGUCUAAAAUUUAGAUAUAAAUAUUUGUCUGUCUCUAUGGUUUCUAUAGGAAGUUUUAAUAAAUUUUAAUUUACAUUUAGAAAUACUCGAGUUCUAAUAGAAAGUACUGGAGUCUCU